GGCUCCUCCUCCCCCGGUAGGGCCCCGCCUCCAGAAGCAGUUCCGGUUCGGAUUCGAGCGGCUGCCGGCGCGGCUGAGAGGUGGGCCGGAGCGAUGCCAGCGCGCAGCCGCUACCGCCCCCGCCUCCAUUCCGGCUCCCCUCCCCGAGCCCCGCCCCCGCCGCUCGAGGCGUUUUACUCCGGCGAGGCCCGGAGGGCGCCGGACUCCGACAACGGCUGGUACGCCGACUCGGAGGUGGGUCCGGGGAACCUGACUCGGGCCGCGGAGGCAGUGGAAGAGGAAAUGGCUGGUCCUAAUCAACUCUGCAUUCGCCGCUGGACUACCAAGCAUGUUGCUGUUUGGCUGAAGGAUGAAGGUUUUUUUGAAUAUGUGGACAUUUUAUGCAACAAACACCGACUUGACGGAAUCACAUUGCUAACAUUGACUGAAUAUGAUCUCCGGUCUCCUCCUCUGGAAAUCAAAGUCUUGGGGGACAUUAAAAGGUUAAUGCUCUCAGUUCGAAAACUGCAGAAAAUACAUAUUGAUGUCUUAGAAGAGAUGGGAUACAAUAGUGACAGCCCCAUGAGUUCCAUGACUCCUUUCAUCAGUGUUCUUCAGAAUGCAGAGUGGCUCUGUAAUGGGGAGCCUUCACAUGACUGUGAUGGACCCAUCACUGAUUUGAAUUCUGAUCAAUACCAGUAUGUGAAUGGCAAAAACAAACAUUCUAUUCGAAGAUUGGACCCAGAGUAUUGGAAAACCAUAUUGAGUUGUAUAUAUGUUUUUAUAGUAUUUGGAUUUACAUCUUUCAUAAUGGUGAUAGUCCACGAGCGAGUGCCUGACAUGCAGACCUAUCCACCACUCCCAGAUAUAUUCUUAGACAGCGUUCCCAGAAUUCCUUGGGCCUUUGCCAUGACAGAAGUAUGUGGCAUGAUUCUGUGCUAUAUUUGGCUCCUGGUUCUUCUUCUUCACAAGCACAGGUCAAUACUUCUGCGAAGGCUUUGUAGUCUGAUGGGCACUGUAUUCUUGCUUCGCUGCUUUACCAUGUUUGUGACCUCCCUCUCCGUGCCAGGACAGCACCUGCAGUGUACUGGAAAGAUAUAUGGCAGUGUAUGGGAGAAACUACACCGGGCCUUUGCCAUUUGGAGUGGCUUUGGUAUGACCCUAACUGGCGUUCAUACUUGUGGAGAUUACAUGUUCAGUGGCCACACAGUCGUCCUAACUAUGCUGAAUUUCUUUGUCACUGAAUAUACACCAAGAAGCUGGAAUUUCUUGCAUACUUUAUCCUGGGUUCUCAACCUCUUUGGAAUCUUCUUCAUUUUGGCUGCCCACGAACAUUAUUCCAUUGAUGUGUUUAUUGCUUUUUAUAUUACAACAAGACUCUUUUUGUACUACCAUACACUAGCCAAUACCAGAGCAUAUCAGCAGAGUAGGAGAGCAAGAAUUUGGUUUCCCAUGUUUUCUUUUUUUGAAUGCAAUGUUAAUGGUACAGUACCAAAUGAAUAUUGUUGGCCAUUUUCAAAACCAGCAAUAAUGAAAAGACUAAUUGGAUGAAGACCAAUGGAUUCAUGACUAUAUACAGUCCUUGUUUAAAGUGACUUUUCCUUUUCCCCCUAGGUUGUUCCUGGAUGUCUUGCUUUUGGCCUAUAUGUUUGACAAAGUAAAGUUCCCUGUUCUGAGCAAGGCAGUGAAUGUAGAAAGCAAGAAAGAACAAUCAAGGGGCCUUACCAGUCUGUUUGAACAGAAAGCUUAAGUAGAUGUUUUCUGCCCACUUUAGGCAGAUUUAAUGUUGUGAUUAAGUUAGGCUCUUAUCUUUAUCUAUUGAGUAUUUGCCUAUUGAACUUAAAUGAACUUAAACCAUUGGCUGGUUGAAAGAUUUUUUUAUUUAAUUUCCAGUAGGACUCUAGUCAAGAAAUUAUCUUCAGAGAAAAAUUCUUACCAAGUGAGCGGUCUUGUUCUUUGAACUAAUCUCUGUGGAUUUUUUUUUUUAUGCAACUCUGGAAAGUGAUCCAUUUCACUAACAAAUUAAUUUUUGCCUUCUGAACCAUCUUUAAGAAAAGUAUACUGAAUAUACCAGGAUGCAUGAAACAAGAGAAUAAAAGGGGCCAUACAUGAGAUGUCAAAGUAUCAGUAUAGUAUUGGCAUUUUUCACCAAAGAUGUAACAAAAGAUGCAAUUCCUGUUUUUUUCUGAAGGUUCAGCAUGACCAUCAGUAAGUAUUCAUGAAGGAAAAAUGGCUGCAUCCAUAAAUAAAAAUAAAAUUGGCUUAAUUUUAUUGAUUUAAGUACCUGGAAUAACUUUGUGCUAUAGCUGUUAGUGAGACAGAUGACAGCCCAAUUUUAUGCUUUUUAAUGAUAUUAUUUAAUGAGAAAAAUAGUGGAGUGUUUUAUCAGAUAAAGUUCUUCUGUUCUUAAGUAGGGAGGUAUGCAUGCAAAGAAUUUUUCUUGUUCUGAAAUUUAUAACAGGUUGCAGGUGUAAUGUAACUUUUUGGUUUUUGAAAUUUCUCAUUCUUGGCCAUCAGAAGCAAGCAGUCUCAGACAUAUUCAGAUACGAAAAAGUUUUGUUUUUUAUUUUAAAAUAUAGUUAUGUACAUACAUUCUUUAUAUUUAGUCUUAAUUUGGCAGUCAGGAAGUAAUAUAACUUAGUUGCUGUUUACAACACUAGUAAGUAAUUUGACCUCUGUGAUAACAUUUGUCACUUUACUUUUAAUGAUUUUUUUUUUAACAGUAGUUCUGACAGUGGUUAUGGAAUUGAAAUUUGAACUCCAACUGAUGAGCUUAGCCACUUGGAAUAUGAAUUGUGUAGUUUUUACAUUCCAUUUUAAAAUAAGGAGAUAGAAAAGGUGCUGGUAUAUUGAGGUCUAAAAUUAGGCCACUUAGCAGAAACUUGCUCCUUAUGUGGGUGAAAUAUUUUAUUUUUGCACUUUGAAUCAUAUUCCCACUCUGUAUAAGCUAUAGAGGAACCUGAAUGGAUUGGGCCAGAAGCAAAUAUUAUAUAAACAAGUUUCAACUAAUGUUGAGUGACCCUGAUUUAGGUCUACUCUGAACAUUUCUUUUUAUUUUCACUUGAGAAAUGGCACAAGGCAAUUGAAGUUUUAUUAUGCUUUUAAAUCAUAUACUUCAGAAUCUUAGAAUGUCUUAAAUUAUUGAUUCUGUUAUAUGCUGGGGAUGAAAAUGCCAGCAGUUCAUCAAAGGAAAUUGCAUAAUCAUUGGAGGUUGAGGGAUGUUCCUUGUGCCAAUUAGAGUAGUUUGACCCUUGAGGUCAGCAGAUGUGUAACUCUCACUUUUUCCAAAUGACAGAACAGGGCUGAACUUAAUUAGGGACUGGUGUUGGCUUUUGGAAAAAUGGUUGAAAAAAAUCUGUGGCAAUAUUAAUUCAGGAAUGUUGAGUAGGGAGUUCCCAUUGUGGCUCAGUGGGUUAGGGACCUGACAUCUUUGUGAGGAUACAGGUUUGAUCCCUGGCCUCACUCAGUGGGGUAAGGAUCCAGCAUUGCCACAAGCUGCGGCAUAAAUCACUGAUGUGGCUUGAAUCAGGUGUGGCCGUGUCUUUGGGAUAGGUGGCAGCUACAGUUCCAAUUCAACCCCUGACCCAGGAACUUCUAUAUGCCACAGAUGUGGCCGUAAAAAGAAAAAAAAAUGUUGAAUAGCUGCUUAAUGGUUAACUGCCUAACAUCAGUCUUCUUUCCUUCAUAUGGGUUCUAUUCUAGAACAAAAUAGAAAAAAAUUGCAAGUAACGUUGCAGAGCUAUUUAUGUUGAGAAUGUCUAACAGCUGACUGCAAUGAGGAUUCUAAAAUAACUUGCCAGCCUUGCAUUUAUCAUAAUCUGUUUUGAGGAAAAGGUAAACUAGAUUUAUAAUUUAGUGUUAUAACUAUUACAUGGCAGUGUUUACAUAAAUUAAUCAUCUCCAAGUCUCUUCCUUGGAAAACUUUGAGACAAAAUUCUUUUCCAUUUCUUUUUUAAUACAAAAACUCUAUUUUUGUUGCUUUUUGUUUUGUCCAGAAAUUUCCAGAUUUUGUCUUUGAAUUUUUUUUUUUUUCUUGUUAAAAAAUCUAGGGAGUUUGUUUCCCAUUGUGGCUCAGCAGAAACAAACCUGACUGAUAGCCAUGAGGUCGAAGGUUUGAUCCCUGGCCUUAGUAGGUUAAGGAUCUGUCAUUGCCAUGAGCUGUGGUGUGUAGGUCACAGAGGCAGAUUGGAUCCCAAAUGGCUGUGGCUGUGGUAUAGGCCAGCAGCUACAGCUCCAAUUCAACCCCUAGCCAGGGAACUCCCAUAUGCUGCUAGUGCGGCCCUAAAAACGAAAAAAAAAUCUAAACCAUAAUGAAGUUAGAUUUACAUUUUGGGUGUUGGUGUGGCUAGGUAGAGAAGCUACAUACCUUAUUUAUCUACAUGUUUUUUGACCUUGUCUACAGUUGCAAACAUGUAAGAGGCUUACAUCAUUAGAUAUUGAGACCUCAGUAUAGAAGGAAUCAAGAAGGUUUUUUUGUUUGGGUAUGCAAGCUGGAGGUUAUAGUGAAAAUCCUCGAUGCUUUUUCCUUGGGGCAGCAUUACCUUAAUUUUUUUUUCGUUUUUUUUUUUUUAAAUUUCAUGAAGGUCAGUGUUACUGAAGGAUAAUUGAAGUUUGUAGGGAACAGGUGGUUUGGAAGAAGGCAAGUUUGCUAAUUAUCACCAAAUAAUUUGGGAGAAACCUUUUUUUCUCUGUCUUAGAGAAUUCUCAACAUGCCUAUAUUCUCCAUAGUUCUCUGUGGCCAGAAUUGCUAGGGUGAAAAUAAAACUUCAGUAUGCUAGGCUAUUUAGUAGUAUCUCCAAACCAGAAAUCAAUGAGCUUAGCUGUAGAACCAGUUAAAUAAGUAUGGACUGUUUUACAAGCAGAAGCUGAUGCUAGAGACUGACACUGAAAGUGGCGUUCUUCCCUACCCUCUACCUGCCUGAGUGUUGUUACUUAGAAUUCCAAAAAUCUUACGAUUUUAUAAAUGGAGAACAGAGGCGCCAAAUUAUUGUAUAGCUAAUAUGAAACUAUGUGUUUUAGGGACAUCUGUUUGGAAAGUGUUAUAUGUUCAAAGUCAUAUUCAUAACACUAACUUGCUUUGAUUAUAUUCAGUAAAAGGCAGUUUAUCAGUUUCAUAGUAAACUUUUAAGGAUUCUUAUUCCAGAAUGUUUGAGAACAUUAACCAUAUUGUUUUAAACUCUCUGAUCUAAUAAAUUUAAUUAUUUAAUAGUCUUCUUGUAGACUUACGUUAUCCCUUACUAAAAGUAAUUAUAAUAAUAGUCAUUUGUGAGUUCUUUACAGCAUUCAGGCAUUUGAGACAGGAAAGCUCUUUUUAGAAUAGUCCCAUGGCUUUCUUAAAUAGUAUUAGAUAGUUUCAAAACCAGCAAAGCAUGUCAGCUUUAAUGCUAUCUUUACUUGGCACUUAAGACCGUUUACAUUUGUAAAAUGUUUAGCCUGAAUUACCCCAUAACUGUGUAGAGGAAAAUUGUUAAUGACAUUAAAACUCAGACUGCUUCAGGUGACUAAUGUGAAAGGAAAGAGGUUGAGGGUUUUUUCCCUUCUUCUUUGAGUGACUUUAAGUGACUGAAAGUACUGUGGAAGUAGGUUUGGGUCCCCUCUCACCUAUCCCUCACCCCCAACAAAUGCCACCAAUUUCAAGUAAUUAAAAUGUAGCUGGAUACUUUGCAUCAAGUUCAGUAAGAACAUCUACGAAAUCAGUAAGCCAUAAUUCAGCUCCAAAAGUUGGUUUUUAGAAUAUGUUCUACCCUAAAUUAGCCAAAGGACUUUUAUCAGUGUACAUCACGGUUAAGCAUGAGGAAGCUUUGUGCCUGAUAUGAAAGGAGAAGGAAUACUGUGUUAAGUUCAUUAUUUUUUCAGAUCUCUUUGAAUCUGAACUACUGGGUUGUCUGAACUAGCCAAGCAGUGUUAUCAUUAUCAUCUUUAAAAUGCUUAAUUUGAAUAAUUUUUUAUUCAAAGAAUCUAUGGAUUAUUAGCACAACUCAAGUAUUUCUGAUAUGAAAUAAAGUGGAAAUUGUUACUUAAUGGGGGAAGCAAAAUUAGCUUGGGCUAAAGUGGGCAUGUUUUGUUUUAAGAAUUCUACCUAAAUGUCACUCGUCUACGGAGAAACUAGUAUUACUUGAAGAUGUGAAAGUUCCUGUGUAGCCAUACCUUGAAGCACAGUAUUGUAUAUAAGUAAAUAUCUUGAUUCUAAAUUAAAUCCAGAUUUAACUAAUAUAUUAUUUUAUAUCUUUGUUGUAUUAAAAUGUUUUAAAACACUAAAAAUAAAACAUUUAAAAGUUA